UAACUGCAAACAUUUGUUGUAAAUGAUUUGUUUUGUAUGCCACUUGUUCAUGAUGAGGUGUACAUUUUUGAGCUUUUCAUCAACUAUGCAAUCAGCAACCAAAAAAAAUGGUCAUAUGAGGCUACCUGUUUUUCUUGUUUUUAUUCAAAAUAAAAGAGUAAAAGGUAGAGAACCGAAUCAGCAGACUAAAAGAAAACAGCUUAAUAGUGUCAUUGGCUGCAUUAGGCCCCAAGUAUUCAGCAUAGAUGACAGUGAAACAAUUUACUGACACUACACAAGUCAUCCAGAGGAGUGCGCUGGUGUGACGUUACAGUGAAGAGAAACUAAAAAGACAACCUUGUAGUGAUUCAGCAGUAGCUGUCACCGGUUUCAAGGUGCACAUGAGACAAUGCAAAGUAUCAUCUGCUUUAAGAUCCUAAUGGCCUGUUAUUAUUCUGUCACUAUCUAUAACUCAUAAUGGUUAAUAAACUUCCUGCACAAUCCUUUGAAAAAUCGAGAGACUCACAGCAGAGCCCUGAAACACACACAAAACAGUAUUUUCUUUGUGUUUUAAGUGUGCAGAACAUAGUUUCUUAAGCUUUGAUUUCGCUUCUUAAAUUACACAUUUCGUCUCUUAUCUGUAUUACAUUGCAGAAUUGAUUUACUUGGUUUUAAAAAUGUGAUUUGUAUCUCAAUAUGCACGUUCAUCUCCACUGUACUUUUACACUAAAUGCUAUGAUCUACUUUAUGUCUGAGUGUACUGCUUAUACGUAUUUUCCAUUGAGCUUUGUUCGAACUACAUCGUUAUCGAAUAAACCGUACAGCACAGUAUAUAUUUUACUGUCCAACAUGCACACUACCAAUAAACCAAACCACCGUGGUGCAUCAUUAUAGUUUAGUGUCGGGUAUCUUGCAGCAUGCUCUAAAUGUGGCUUCCUGUUCAGCAACUGUUUCACCCUCUGGUUUCCUCCUACAGGACAUGAGUGAAGUUCACAUUACUUUCUAUUUGUGUUGUAAAAGACCACUAAAGAAAGUAUUACAAUUAAUGUUCUAGGGAUGGUGACUUUCUCUGCCAAAUUCCACAGAUAGCAUUUUAAUAAUUGUUGAAAUACAUGAAUAAAAAAAUAAAUAAAAAUGUAAAAAUCAAGCUCAUAGAGUUGUUGCAGAGGAAAAGCCAGACAAUCACAAUAGUAAGUAUGGUAUAUUAUGUAGGAACGAUAAACAAAUGAAUAAUUUUUUAAAGAAUGACCUUAAGAUGACCCUAGAGGAAAAAUCAGGGAACUGUCAAUGUCAUUAGAAUGAAUUCUCUGAAGACCACUUUUGUAAUCGCUGUUUUUGUGUUCUCCACUGAUACCUUCAUCCUAACUAAGAAACUGUAAUUACCAAAUAAAGUGAACUAUGCUAGUUGCGUAUUACCACCAUUUGAGAAUCCCCAGCAAUGCCAAUGGAAUACUUUAGCUCUGCUCUUACUCUUUAAUCUGACUGCUGUGUUACGUUAGAUAUGAUUUCAGAACAAUACACUGUAAUUGAUGCAGUUUCCUGUUCUGUGGUUUGGCUUGUGCAGCCGUCCACUGGAUGGAAAAACAAACGGGUGAGUAUGUUGAAGUGGAAUCUGAAAGUUUAUUCUUGGUAGAUGUUACAGCAGUACAAGUACAAUCUUUGCCAUUGUGGUUUUACUGUAAUGGAAAUCAAUGCAUGUGUGCUGAAUGAAAGCCAGAGUUGACACAGCAAGUGUCUAAUAAGGUAUUUAUUUGUACUAUACCUGGUACGGAUCAUCAGCAUUGUCGAAUGUGAUUUAAACAUGCUGUGGCUUCAUAUUUUAUCAGUGAGGUUAAUUUUUUGAUACUUUAGCAGAUGUGGCUUUGUGCUUUCUGGUUGGAGUGAAAAUGAAAUUGCCUGAGGGCAGAGUGCUCAGAGCGCUGCAGCCUCAUUGCUAAUUUUAGCUGUUAGUGUGGUUUUUCACACGUUGACACAUUCUAUGCAUUUGAUCAGGACCAACUGAGGCAAACGAGCACGUACUCAAGGGUUUCGGCUGUUCUUUGUCGCACAAGUUGUCUUCACACUGACAGAUUGGCGUGUUUUUAUUGUUCUUUUUUCACUUUAGAAAGAUGUGCACUUAGUUUCCAAAAUCAGUCUUUGCAUUUCAGUGCAAUUUCCAAAUUGCAUGCUAUUAUUUUGACUUUGACCACAAAACUGAAUUAGGGAAUUCUGUUAACUUCCUGACUUCAAUUAAGAUCAGGCAAUAUGUAUUAAAUCCUGGAUGCAUUGUGUAGUUAAUUUUCUUAAAUAAUUUUUUUUAAUCAAUUGAAAAGUUGUUAAUUAGCUAUCUAGGCACACGAGUGUCUGUUUCUGGCUAAUUCAGUGAAUUAGAUACCUGGCUAAGCAACAUAUUAGAUUAUAUUCAUCAUGCAAAACAAUCAAAUGCAACCCAAAAAAUAUCCCGAAUAAAAAUGACAAAAGUGGCUGCUCUCUGAAAUAUAGUAUUCAUCAACAUAAUAUAAUUUCUCUACCACAUUCUUCCUUUUUAGCACAGAUGUGCUGUAUGUUUGUGUCUGCAUCAUUAGCAGAGAGCAUAAUUGAACAUACUGCUUGGACUUAUACAAGCUGUCUUGGCUAACACAGAGGCUAACAGCAUGGACACGGUGUCAUAUUGUAAACUUUUAAUUUGCUGUGCCACUAAAGCAGUUACACCACAUGAUGAAACAUCCAAAGACCAUAAAAUCGUAACAUAAUCUUCGUUUCUCAAUUCACUUAAUACAGAGCAAAGAUGAGGUUUGUCUUAAAAAAAUUUGGAACAUAUAGACUGGUGCGCCCAACUUCUUUCAUCCUGUGUGAGUAGAGCCAGCUCAGUCAAAAUGUCUACCUGCAAGAGAAUAUAGAAAACAGAACAGAAAAAAGGGCAUCAGAGCGCAUCUACUAUGUAAAAUUACCUGCAUGUGUCUUUUUACAGUUCAAAGAAGACCAAAGAAAAUCUACUCGGUUACAAUAAUGACAAUUUUAAAGACUGAUCAUGACAGUACCUCCUCUGACUCUGAUCGUGAUGAAAUGUCCCAUCGCUUCUUCUCCAUUGUCACAUUUAGCCAUGCACUGAUAUCGACCGUCGUCUUCUGGCCUCAGAUUGAGAAUCUCUGUCACUACCUGCCUGUGUCUUAUGUUGCCUUCAUCCACCGUCUCGUUCACUGCAGUGAAGUACUUCCUGGGGUCAGUCAGCUCAGUACUUUUUUUACUGUACUGUGGUGAUGUGUUAUGCCACACAACAUGCAGCAGACCACACUUCUCGUAGUCAUAAUAUGCCUCACAAGAUAAUUGGACUGAGGAGCCCCUUUGAGGAGUGAAGGUCUUCUGUGGGUAAAGAACAUCUACGGCAACUAGAAGUUUAAGAAAACAUGAAGAAAAGAGAGAAAAUAAUAGUUAUUAGGCAGUUCGUGCCUUGCUUUAGUCAUUUCUUUAUUAAUGGCUUCAAGACAUUUUGGAAAGUACACAUAAUCAGUUUCUUUCCAAGAUUUAAAUGAGAAGAUCGAUACCAAUGUCAUAUCUGCUGGUAAAUGCACAUCUACAGUCAGCACUUAGUUAGAAAAACUACAAGCAUUGAACACCAGCAUGUCCAAAGGUAACAAAACCCAUCUGCUGGCAAAACUAGAGGUUACUAAUUAACUUUUAUAGCCAGACUGCUUAAUAUGCACAAAAACCAAAGAGUAAAAAUUACAAGUGGUGGCUUUCUUGGGAAAUUUGUGCUAGAUUUUUUUUUUCUAUUCCAGGGCCAAAAAGUCUUGUCAGUGUUAGGUUGCAGUCUGUCUCUACCCCACAUAGAAAACUAAGGCUUAUUGAGUAUAGACAUAAUAGCAGAUUAAAUUAUUAAGCAAAAUGUCAAAUCCGUUGUUAUCAGACAAAUUGUAAUAAUUCUUCUGUUUUCCUUGAUUCCACACACAUUAGCUGUAAAAUGAAAACUGAAAAUCGUCUAAGAUACAUAAUUUCUGACAAUGGAACUGUUUCUGCUGCACUCCAUUGGAGAGCCUUAUUUGUCAAUUGAAAUUUAUCUGUACAGUGUUUUCCAACUGGAAUCUGGUUUCUGUUAACUUCCCACACAAUUUGGACUCCACUGAGUAAACAAGGGCUUAGCACAGAACACGUGUUUGAUAACCACUCCUCUUACUGGCAUGUAAUCAAACCUGUUACCACUCCCUUUUCCUUCUUCGGGAGUUUUAUUAUUGUUGUCUUGAAGUGAAGUGCAAUGGCGCUGCAGCUGUACAAGGAGAGACUCUGCUGUUCUAUCUGUCUGGAUCUACCGAAGGAUCCAGUGACUAUUCCCUGUGGGCACAGCUACUGCGUGAGCUGUAUCAAAAGCCGCUGGGACAAGGAGGGUCAAGAUGAAAUCUACAGCUGCCCUCACUGCAAACAGACCUUCGCACCAAGGCCUGUCCUGGUGAAAAGCGCCAUGUUUGCUGAUUUUGUGGAAGCGCUGAAGGAAGGAAGUCUUGAAGCUGCUCCAGCUGAUCACUGCUGUUCCAAACUUGGAGAUGUGGGAUGUGAUUUUUGCACUGGAAGCAAGCUGAAAGCCCUCAAGUCCUGUCUGGUGUGUCAGGUUUCCUACUGUGAGCUCCACCUACAGCCUCACUACAAAUCCGCAGCAUUUGAAAAGCACAAGCUGGUUGAACCCUUGGAAAAUCUGCAGGAGAAAUUUUGCUCCAUUCAUGACGAGGUGAUGAAGAUUUUCUGUCGCAGUGAUCAGCAGACCAUCUGCAUUUUGUGCUCCAUGGAUGCACACAAAGACCACGACUUAGUCUCAACUUCAGCAGAGAGAAACAAGAAACAGAUGGAACUCAGGGUGAGUCGGGAGAAAAUCCAGAUGAGAAUCCAACAAAAAGAGAAAGAUGUGAAGGUGCUUCGGCAGGAGAUGGAGACUAUCAGUCACUCUGCUGAUAAGGCAGUGAAGGACAGUGAAAAGGUCCUCGCUGAGUUAAUCUGUUUCAUUGAGAAAAGAAGCUCUGCUUUGAAGGAGCAGAUUAGAUCCAAACAGAAAGCUGAAAUUAGUCGGGUCAGAAAGCUCAAGGAGAAGCUGGAGCAGGAGAUAACUGAGCUGCAGGUGAAGGACGCUGAACUGGAGCAACUCUCACACACUGACGACCACAUCCAGUUUGUCCAUAAAUACCUUGUACUGUCACAUCUAAGUGAAUCUACAGACUCACUAUUCUUAAAUAUCCAACCUUUGACAUACUUCGAUGAUGUGACAGUGACUCUGUCAGAGACUCGAGAUCGGCUACAGGACAUCCUCAAUGAGGACUGGCUAAAAAUCUCACAAAAAGUGAUCGAGGUCGAUGUUUUACUGCCACAUCCCGAACCUGAAACUAGAGAGGAAUUCUUACAAUAUUCUCGUCAAAUCACACUGGAUCCCAACACUGUAAACGCACAACUCUCACUGUCUGUGGGAAACAGGAAAGCAACAGUGAUGAGAGAAAAGCAGUUGUACUCCAGCCACCCAGACAGAUUCACUGACUGGCUUCAGGUCCUCAGUAGACAGAGUCUGACUGGACGUUGUUACUGGGAGGUGCAGAGAAGCAGUGGGGGAGUUUCAGUAGCCGUCACGUACCACGAUAUAAGCAGAACAGGGAACGAAAGCGGAUUUGGAAACAACGACAAAUCUUGGGCAUUAGGAUGUUUCGACCUGAGUUAUUAUUUCAGACAUAAUAAUAUGAGAACUGUACUCUCAGGCCCUCAAUCCUCCAAGAUAGGAGUGUUCUUGGAUCACAAGGCAGGAACUCUGUCUUUCUACAGCAUCUCUGACACCAUGACUCUCCUUCACAAAGUCCACACCACUUUUACUCAGCCACUGUAUGCUGGAAUCUUGAUUUACUGGGCUGGAGACUCUGCUGAGUUAUGUGAGCUCAAGUAGACGACACCUAUUAAAAGGGUAAAUGGGUCAGAUUCUGAUUUUAAAGGAGGUCUUUCUUCUGCACUGCAUUCUUUGCUAUGAACUUUAGAGUCACCUGUCAGCUUAACAACAAGGGCUGGACUUCUUCCUCCUUUAAGACUGUUGAUGCACUUUAAGUUAUGGCAACUUUUUCUUUUUUUUCUGUACUAACAGGAAGCUUGUGUCACUUUUUAUUGUCAAGAUGAUUUUCACCAGAAGUCAGUGACAUCUGAUUGUUGCCUUUUACGGUGUUCUUCUGUUUCAUGCUCAUUUUGAUUUCUGUCGCUUCUUAAAUCCAUUUAAAAUAUAAUAGGUAACUGUAAAUGUAUGUAUGUCAACAUUUUGAUGGAAAUAGUGAAAUAAUAUGCUGGUAAACUGCGGCCUUUGUCAAAAAAUGUUUCAUGGGGUUUGUAAAAAUGUCCUGAACUCAAAGACCUCUUUCAUUUUACAGUAUUUGGCAGGAACUGUGCACAGCAGAAAUAUAAUGCAGCAAAGUCACACUAUCAAAUAAGUUAGUAAGGAUUUUUAUAAAUACAGUGGUAGAAAAAAGUUUUCGGACACCCUUAAGAUUUGACAUAAUCUCAAAUAUUAUUAUAAAAUAUUUGUGGAAAAAUCUUUUUUGUUUUUCAAAAGGUGUGGCUGCUUUAGACAGACACAAACAAAUACAAAUGAUUUUUUUGUUUAUUGUUUACAAGAAAAACUAACAAAACUAAAUUCUACCAAAAUGACCCUAUACUCAAAAGUUAUUUUUUAAUGGAACCAAUCAAUUUGUGAGUGAGUUUAAAUAUCUUGGCGUAAUGCUGGAUUCAAAUUUCAAUUUUAAGUCACACAUCAAAAACCUUGUAAAAAGUAUAAAGUAUAAUCUGAUAAACUUUUGGCACAUUAGAGGCUGUCUGUCUGUGGAUGCUGCAAAGACCUUCAUGCACGCUAUGAUCCUGUCCCACAUGUCGUAUUGUAUCACAUGUUGGGGACAAGCUGGGCAGACAGUCAUCAAACCGCUGGAGCCUCUUUACAAACAGACUGAAAAUCCUGGACAAAAAAUAAAUGCAAUACCACCAUUGCAGGAUUUUAGAUAAGCAUCAUCUUCUGAGCUUUGAAAGUUUUAAAUUAUAUUCAAAUAUGUGUCUUGUUUUUAAAAUUUUAAAUGGUUUGGCCCCUCCUCCGCUGCGCCAGUUCGUUCAGUAUCGCUCGGCACAAUCUAUGAAAUCCACGAGAAUAUCUUCCACCACUGACUGUUCAAUACCUUUUCGACGUGCCUCCUUUGGACAGUCAGCUUUUUCUGUAAAAGCUACAACUCAGUGGAACACCCUGCCUGACGACAUUAAGAACUGUACUUCUAUCAGUAGUUUUAAAAGCAAACUGAAAAACUUGCUUAAGAACACUCAGAACUGCAACCAUUAAUGUCUUUUUAAUUGGUAUUUGUGUGUGACUGUGUGUACAUGUGUGCUUUUAGGAGUGUGUGUAUGUAUAAUGUUUUGUUUCACUGUGUCAUGUACUUUUUUGUAACAUUUUAAUGUUUUGAUGUUUUUAUUGUGACCUGCCAAGGGACUUGCAGAUGGAAAUUAGCUUAAAGCUAACUCUGGUGCAAUACAUCAAAUGGAAACAUUUAUGUUUAAUAUUGUACAUGAUCCCUUUUUAAAUAAACUGAUAAUAAUAAUAAUAAUAAUAAUCAUUUUAAGUUUUCAA